AUGAGUGCGUUCCGGUCCAAGUUUCUGUACCCUGCCAAAGUGAACUGGUUCCCAGGUCACAUGGCGCUUGCUAGACGUCAAAUGGUGGCUCAAAUGGAUACCGUCGACGUGCUGAUCGAAGUGCGAGACGCUCGCAUCCCCUGGAGCUCGGCCAACCCCGUGCUGGAAGAAGCUUUUGGCCAGUCGAAGCCUCGUCUGGUCGUGUUCAACAAGAGCGACCUGGCGAACUCCAAUAUGCAGCAACGGGUGGAAAAGCAGUGCAAGAACGAGCUAGGACUGGCCACUGACUGUCUCUUCACGUCCGUGGUCAAGGGUAAACGACUUCAGGCCAUUUUGCAAUGGUGCAACAAGCACAGUCAGGCCCAGUUCAAAAGUACGGCGGGGUCGAUGGUUAUGGUCGUGGGCAUUCCUAAUGUGGGCAAAUCUUCGCUCAUCAACGAGUUUCGACGCCUGUCAAGCUCUCACAAACUGGCAAAAGGUCGAAAGCGAGCCAAUGUCGGACCGACGCCUGGUGUCACUGUCCGCAAUGACAUUAUAAAGGUGAAUGACAAACCAGCCGUGUUUGUAGUGGACACGCCCGGUGUGAUGCUGCCGAAUAUUUCGUCGGCAGAAACUGGAUUGAGGCUAGCGCUCACAGGGGCGAUCAAGGACGAAGUCGUUGGCACCGAGUUGAUUGCAGACUAUAUGCUUUACCAGCUGAAUCAAAUGCAAUCGACGCGAUAUGUGGACGCACUACAGCUUCCGAGGCCGACGGACGACAUCGGGGAGCUGUUCAAGCUAGUGUAUCGGCGUUGCGGUGCGUUGGGCAAAGAACCGGAUGUCCAAGAUCGUUUGGCUGCGCAAUUCCUGCUGCACGAAUUUCGCCGCGGAGCAUUCGGCAACUUUACGCUGGACGCCAUUGAAUCGCCAUCUGAAGUCGUCCAGAACGCAGCUUCGUCGUUGUAA